AUGAGCGAACAAAAACAACAACCAGAAACAUCUCAAGUCGAGGAAGAGAUUCCAAAAGUGGCUGAGAAUGUGGAACUCGAAACUGACAAGUUAUUGGAUUACGUUCUUAAAGGUUUGGAACUUAAGUUCGACGAUGAAGCUCUGAAAUUGAUGAGAGAACAGGGUGGCAAGGAGUUCAAGAACAUCUUCGCUCAAUUAGUCGCUGAACAACAGAAGAAAAAGUCAAAGAAGAAGACCAAGAAGUAA